AUGCAGAGAAGAAAGCUGGUUGUGCAAAUCUCACAGUUUCCGAUGAAGGAGCUGAUUCGGCGCGCCAAGGAGGAGAGGAAAUCACAGCCCUGUCGAGUUCUGGAAGAUCCGCCGGAUAACGGCUUACUCGUGCCGGAACUCGUCCACGUGGCUCACAGAGUUCACCGUUGCCGCGCCUCGUUACUCUCUGGCCUCUCUACAAUCAUUCAUCAUCAUAUUGAGGUUCAUCGCUGCAGGUUCUGCUUUGAGGUUCACAUUGGCAAAGAAGGUCAUGAGAUCUUGUGGGGUCUUGUUCACCUUUAUGACCGUGCUGUCAAACCUAGAGUUGUCCACUACGUCGAGAGGUUUACCGUCCCUAAAAUCUCUGCGCUUCUUGAGUUAUGCAUACAAGCAGGAUAGGUAGAAAUUGAGAAGUUCCCAUCGAAGAGAAGAUCCAAACCUGUGAACAGCAUUGAAGGACGCAAUGAUUUUCCUACGACGGCUACAGUUUUACAAGAAGAUGAUUGUCGUAGCGCAGAGAAGAAGAGCUUGAAGGAUCUCAACGAUUGGUUUGAAAUGGUUUCAGGGGUCAGGGAGCUGAUGGAGAGAUACAAAGCGUGGACUUGCGGUUACUGUCCAGAGAUUCAGGUGGGUCCAAAGGGACACAAAGUGAGGUUGUGUAAAGCCACAGAUGGAAUGCACGCGUGGCAGGAAGCUUCUAUUGAUGAUGUGGUCGGUCCAAACUCUGUGUGGCAUGUUCGGGAUCCAGAUGCUUCUGCUCUUGACAAUAGCUUGCAGAGGUUUUAUGGGAAAGCUCCUGCGGUUGUGGAGUUGUGUGUGCGAGGUGGUGCACCAGUGCCUGAACAGUACAAGAGUAUGAUGAGGCUCGAUGUGGUUUACCCUCAACGCGAUGAAGUCGAUCUAGUUGCUUAACCUUUCUAUGAGACUGUU